AUGCCUAUUUCCGUGUCUCACACAGAGGAGAGAGCCACACUCACAUGGCGCAAAAUCCCCCACACUCCCAAAUACGACGUUGUUCUUCCCCGCUUCAGUCACGCCACUGCCACGGCCACCGUCAAAUCCCAAUUCGCCUCCGUCUCCGUUGCCCAAUCCAAACUGCAACCAGACUUCAUGCCCACGCCCUCCCAGCUCCUCAAGCACCCCCUCGCCGCCUUCGCCAUCGUCCCGCGCGACGCCGCCCUCUUCUCCGCCGGAGCCAUUGCCGGAGCCGCCGCCAAGACCGUCACCGCGCCGCUCGACCGCAUCAAGCUCCUCAUGCAGACUCAUGGCGUGCGGGCUGGACAAGUUAGUGCCAAGAAGGCAAUGAGUUUCAUUGAGGCCAUAGCUGUUAUAGGGAAAGAAGAAGGCAUUCAAGGUUACUGGAAGGGCAACCUCCCCCAGGUGAUUCGAGUAGUACCUUACAGUGCUGUCCAGCUUUUUGCAUAUGAAAUUUAUAAGAAAAUAUUCAGAGGAGAGAAUGGUGAGCUCUCUGUUGUGGGCAGACUUGCAGCAGGUGCUUUUGCUGGAAUGACAUCCACUUUUAUAACUUACCCAUUAGAUGUUCUAAGAUUGCGAUUAGCUGUUGAACCCGGUUCUCGAACCAUGUCGGAGGUUGCUUUGAGCAUGCUAAGGGAGGAAGGAUAUGCAUCUUUCUAUCGUGGCCUUGGGCCUUCUUUAAUUGCAAUAGCCCCUUAUAUUGCAGUAAAUUUUUGCGUUUUUGACUUAUUAAAGAAGUCAUUGCCUGAGAAAUACCAGAAGAGAACUGAAACAUCUAUACUCACAGCUGUCCUUUCGGCAUCUCUUGCCACACUUACAUGCUAUCCUCUGGACACUGUUCGAAGACAGAUGCAAUUGAAGGGUACACCUUACAAGACAGUAUUAGAUGCUCUUUCGGGUAUUGUGGCUCGAGAUGGAAUUGCUGGGUUGUAUCGGGGAUUUGUGCCCAAUGCACUAAAAUCCCUACCUAACAGCAGCAUCAAGCUUACCACAUACGACAUUGUUAAGCGCCUAAUUGCUGCUAGUGAGAAAGAAUUUCAAUCAAUAGCAGAGGAAAAUCGCAUCAAGCACAAGAACGCUAACAAUCAAUGA